AAGAAGAACAAGAAGAACUUUAGGAAAGCACAAUUUCGGAACUCCUCUAAAGGAUAUGAAAAUACUCCAGAGUCUCGGGCUGCUCGUGAUCAGUAUUCAGACAAUGUCAGGACAGGUUAUCAUGUCGUUUAUUCCGCCGGAGCAGCCACCAUAUAUGAAGAACUGAAAGGGAAGGGAAUUAUACCAGACCCGAGGCCUGUGAGAACUCCCGAAGACAAGUUGGAUAAAACUCGGUACUGUGCGUACCAUAAGUCUCCAGGACACAAUACCGAUGAGUGUCUCGGUCUUUUGUCGGCACUCUUACGUUUAAUCGGGCAACCCCAACUUCAAAAGUUUCGAAAUUUUAAUAACCGCCGGAAAGGAAGGCCCUUGGAUCUUUCAGACGACGAAGAUGAGGACAACCGACCUGCUAACCAGAAAAGAGCUCGUGCAAACGAUAAGGAAGUUUUUACGUUUUCUACUCAUGUCGGAACUUCGACCGACAACCACAAGAAACCUAAGAUAUAUGAUCCCGCAGAUUUUUCACAUUGCAUACCUCGAGUCAACUCCAAUAACAAACAGUUAGAUACGUCUCGACGGAAAGUCAAAGCUUAUGCUCGGGAGGCACAGAAUGCCGAGAAACGAGUCAUGAAUGUUGAUCUCCGAGAUACCAUCAACAAACGGAAUUGCCCUAUUACGUUCAGUAUUGAAGACGCUAACUUGUUCGCUCAUCCUCAUUCUGAUGCUCUUAUCAUAACUGCCCCGAUUGGGGGAAUUCUUGUUCAUCGGAUCUUGGUCGACACAGGAGCGUACUCAAGUAUCUUAAUGCUCCGUACUUUCACGAAAUUGGGUUUGGACCCAGCAGACAUUAGACCGUGUAACGAUCAUAUUCAAGGUUUCAAUGGAAGCAUUUCUUGCCCCGUUGGCGAAAUAUUGCUCCCCAUUCGAUUUGGUGGCUUUGGACCGAAGUCCAAGAUCAUUAUGUUAACUUUCAACGUCUUGGAUGUCCAAAACGAAUAUAAUGCUGUAAUAGGACGAACCGCACUUUAUAAACUUCGUGCUGCUGUAUAUCGAGAUCAUUUACGUGGACGGGUCAGAUCAGCAGAAAGCGCUGCGUGUUGGGCCAACCUGCAGGAACCCAUUCGGUCAAAUUUGAUUCAGUUCCUCCAGUCAAACACUGAUGUGUUCGCUUGGAAGCAUGAAGACAUGAAAGGGAUCGACCCACAGAAAGCAUGCCAUCGUCUCAAUUUGGACAAAAAUGUCAAACCUGUUAUUCAGAAACGUCGGAAAUUCGGCCCAGAUCGCCAGAAGGCCCUUGAAGAAGAAGUAAACAAGCUCAUAUAUAAUAAAUUUGUCAAGGAAGCCAAGUACCCGACGUGGAUAUCGAAUCCUGUUUUGGUUAAGAAAGCCACCGGCCUUUGGCGUCUCUGUAUAGAUUUUUCAGACUUGAAUCAAGCGUGCCCGAAAGAUAGCUACCCCAUUCCACACAUUGAUUACAUGGUAGACGCUACGUCGGGACAUCAACUUAUGAGUUUUCUGGAUGCCUAUUCAGGCUAUAAUCAGAUUCCCAUGCAUCUUGAUGACGCUGAACAUACCUCGUUCUAUUCAGCUCGAGGCCUUUAUUGCUAUGUUAUGAUGACUUUUGGAUUGAAGAAUGCAGGGGCCACAUAUCAGAGAUUGGUCAAUAAGAUGUUUGCUCGCUUAAUCGGCCAUACAAUGGAAGUUUAUGUAGACGACAUGUUAGUGAAGUCGGAACAGGCCUCUGACCAUAUCGCCCAUCUCUCCGAAGUCUUCGAUAUACUCCGAGAAUAUUCCAUGGUGCUUAACUCCAAGAAGUGUACUUUCGGAGUUGGAUCGGGGAAGUUUCUAGGAUACAUGGUGAGUCAGAGAGGGAUCGAAGCCAAUCCCGCCAAGAUUCAAGCCAUACUUGACCUAGCUCCCCCGAUAUCUCUCAAAGGUGUCCAAGCUUUAACUGGUCGACUGGCAGCCCUUAAUCGGUUCAUUUCAAAGUCUACAGAUCAUUGCAAGCAAUUCUUUGAUGCUAUCAAAAAGAAGAAACCGUUUGAAUGGACAACAGAAUGUCAGAAUGCUUUUGACAACAUUAAAGAAGUUCUUUUACGAUUACCGACAUUGCAGAAGCCACUUCCUGUUGAGCCUCUAUAUUUGUACCUUGGUGUAAGUGGCGUUGCCGUUAGUGCUGUUCUCAUACGACAAGAUGGGCUUCAACAGUUUCCGGUAUAUUAUGUUAGCAAGGCUUUACAUGACGCUGAAUUACGAUAUCCACAUAUGGAGAAGCUGGUCUAUGCUCUGAUCAUCGCUGCGCGGAAGCUGCGCCCAUAUUUCUUGGAACAUCCAAUUGUUGUGUUUACGACAUACCCUCUCCGACAAGUCCUUCACCGACCUGACACGUCGGGAAGAAUUAUUAAAUGGGCAAUAGAAUUGGGGCAGUUUGAUAUCCAGUAUCGGCCGCGAACCGCUAUCAAAGCCCAA